GCUAAUAAUACCAUGCAGUAUGGUCAAAAUAUCUCCAUACCAUAUUCUCAACCACAAACUGAUUUGAAUUUUCUAAAUGCUGCCGCCUCCGUGGAUCAUAAAGGUAAAAUUCAUCCAAAAAUUGAACGUGAUCGGGAAGAAGUUUUGAAUCAACAAAUUUUACAAAAUGUCAAUCAAUCGUGGCAAACAUUGGCCAAUACUGCCAAUACCGUUGAUUAUUCAUCGCAUUUGCUCUCCGCUACACUGCCAAUUUCCAUACAACACUUCCUCAAAUAUUCCGAAACGAUUAAAAAGGAAUCCUCAGGUAUUGUGGGCACACAAAUCAACUCAGGGAAUUUGAAUUUGAGCAAUUUGGAUACGACUUCUGGAUUUAACAUAAAAAACGAUGUGCUUAAGAAUGGCACCAAUUUGGCUAGUUUGGCCUUGGGUGGCGUAUCGCUGGCACCUAGUCAAACGCAAACGAAUGGUAAUCAUCAUACACAUAAUGGCAAUGGCACUACGGGACUCGUCAGCAUGGAUCAUCAGCAGCAACAACAGCAGGGGCAUAUACCCAAUUUAAAUGAUGUCACCAAUGCUCAGCAGCAGCAACAACAGCAGAUGGUGGCCAAUCAAACAAUGCCGCCCACAAAUGGCAAUGUUAAUGUUACCACAAAUGGUAAUGGUGUGACUAAUGGUAAUACCGUUGUGACAAGCACAGCGCCUGCAGCGCCCAAUGGCACGGCAACCACAACUGAUGGCACGGCACCGGCUGCCCCCACUAAGGGAAAAAAGGGUAAAAAGAAGAAGCCCCCAAAGGAGAAGAAACCCAGGCCAAAACCUGGUGAGAUUAGGGAAACCAAGGCUUUGGAUGGUUCCACACUAUACUGUUGUCCCGAAUGUCAAAUGGCCUAUCCAGAUCGUUCGUUAAUCGAACAGCAUGUCAUCUCCCAUGCCGUCGAAAGACGUUUUGUUUGCGACAUCUGUAAUGCAGCAUUGAAGCGUAAGGAUCAUUUGACACGACACAAGUUGUCGCAUAUACCGGAUAGACCACAUGUGUGCAAUAUUUGUAUGAAAUCAUUUAAACGAAAAGAGCAAUUAACUCUACACAUUGUCAUACAUUCCGGCGAAAAGAAACAUGUCUGCAUUGAGUGUGGAAAAGGUUUCUAUCGCAAAGAUCACUUACGCAAACACACACGUUCGCACAUCGCUCGUCGUGUUAAAUCCGAGGUUUCAGCCCAAAAUGUCAACACCACAGGUAAUGGCACCAACAACAACAAUACCAACAAUCAGAACAGCACGCUACAUGGUUCCUGA